CGCGUAUUGACAGGAAGCAGACCGGAAAUGUUCCUGUAAAGAGGGCAGUGUGGGUUACGUUGGCAGCUGGCUGCCUGAGACUGAUGAGCAAGGAAGAGGGAAAGGAGAGUCCGGCUUAUGGGGCCGGGGAGGUUCCUGGAACAGGUAACAUUCAUUCGGUCAUGACGUUUGCGGUUUCGGCCGAAACUGUGCUGCAGUAGAAGUUAGGCUGGGCUACCAGCUGUCUGGAAGAUUAAAUACCUGGGCUGUAAAUCAUGGUAUCCAGCAAUACUAAAUAUAUAUACCCAAUACCUGGGCUGUAUAGCAUGGUAUCCAGCAAUACUAAAUAUAUAUACACAAUACCUGGGCUGUAUAGCAUGGUAUCCAGCAAUACUAAAUAUAUAUACACAAUACCUGGGCUGUAUAGCAUGGUAUCCAGCAAUACUAAAUAUAUAUACACAAUACCUGGGCUGUAUAGCAUGGUAUCCAGCAAUACUAAAUAUAUAUAUACACAAUACCUGGGCUGUAUAGCAUGGUAUCCAGCAAUACUAAAUAUAUAUAUACACAAUACCUGGGCUGUAUAGCAUGGUAUCCAGCAAUACUAAAUAUAUACACACAAUACCUGGGCUGUAUAGCAUGGUAUCCAGCAAUACUAAAUAUAUAUAUAUAUACACACAAUACCUGGGCUGUAUAGCAUGGUAUCCAGCAAUACUAAAUAUAUAUACACAAUACCUGGGCUGUAUAGCAUGGUAUCCAGCAAUACUAAAUAUAUAUACACAAUACCUGGGCUGUAUAGCAUGGUAUCCAGCAAUACUAAAUAUAUAUACACAAUACCUGGGCUGUAUAGCAUGGUAUCCAGCAAUACUAAAUAUAUAUACACACAAUACCUGGGCUGUAUAGCAUGGUAUCCAGCAAUAAUAAAUAUAUAUACAAUACCUGGGCUGUAUAGCAUGGUAUCCAGCAAUACUAAAUAUAUAUACAAUACCUGGGGUGUAAUAGCAUGGUAUCCAGCAAUACUAAAUAUAUAUAUAUAUAUAUAUAUACACACACACACAAUACCUGGGCUGUAUAGCAUGGUAUCCAGCAAUACUAAAUAUAUAUACACACACACAAUACCUGGGCUGUAUAGCAUGGUAUCCAGCAAUACUAAAUAUAUAUACAAUACCUGGGCUGUAUAGCAUGGUAUCCAGCAAUACUAAAUAUAUAUACACACACACAAUACCUGGGCUGUAUAGCAUGGUAUCCAGCAAUACUAAAUAUAUAUACACACACACAAUACCUGGGCUGUAUAGCAUGGUAUCCAGCAAUACUAAAUAUAUAUACACACACACAAUACCUGGGCUGUAUAGCAUGGUAUCCAGCAAUACUAAAUAUAUAUACACACACACAAUACCUGGGCUGUAUAGCAUGGUAUCCAGCAAUACUAAAUAUAUAUACACACACACAAUACCUGGGCUGUAUAGCAUGGUAUCCAGCAAUACUAAAUAUAUAUACACAAUACCUGGGCUGUAUAGCAUGGUAUCCAGCAAUACUAAAUAUAUAUAUAUACACAAUACCUGGGCUGUAUAGCAUGGUAUCCAGCAAUACUAAAUAUAUAUAUAUACACAAUACCUGGGCUGUAUAGCAUGGUAUCCAGCAAUACUAAAUAUAUAUACACAAUACCUGGGCUGUAUAGCAUGGUAUCCAGCAAUACUAAAUAUAUAUAUAUACACAAUACCUGGGCUGUAUAGCAUGGUAUCCAGCAAUACUAAAUAUAUAUACACAAUACCUGGGCUGUAUAGCAUGGUAUCCAGCAAUACUAAAUAUAUAUAUAUACACAAUACCUGGGCUGUAUAGCAUGCUAUCCAGCAAUACUAAAUAUAUAUAUACACAAUACCUGGGCUGUAUAGCAUGGUAUCCAGCAAUACUAAAUAUAUAUACACAAUACCUGGGCUGUAUAGCAUGGUAUCCAGCAAUACUAAAUAUAUAUAUACACAAUACCUGGGCUGUAUAGCAUGGUAUCCAGCAAUACUAAAUAUAUAUACACAAUACCUGGGCUGUAUAGCAUGGUAUCCAGCAAUACUAAAUAUAUAUAUAUAUAUAUAUAUAUAUAUAUAUACACACAUACACAAUACCUGGGCUGUAUAGCAUGGUAUCCAGCAAUACUAAAUAUAUAUAUACACAAUACCUGGGCUGUAUAGCAUGGUAUCCAGCAAUACUAAAUAUAUACACACAAUACCUGGGCUGUAUAGCAUGGUAUCCAGCAAUACUAAAUAUAUAUACACAAUACCUGGGCUGUAUAGCAUGGUAUCCAGCAAUACUAAAUAUAUAUAUACAAUACCUGGGCUGUAUAGCAUGGUAUCCAGCAAUACUAAAUAUAUAUAUAUACACAAUACCUGGGCUGUAUAGCAUGGUAUCCAGCAAUACUAAAUAUAUAUACACAAUACCUGGGCUGUAUAGCAUGGUAUCCAGCAAUACUAAAUAUAUAUACACAAUACCUGGGCUGUAUAGCAUGGUAUCCAGCAAUACUAAAUAUAUAUACAAUACCUGGGCUGUAUAGCAUGGUAUCCAGCAAUACUAAAUAUAUAUACAAUACCUGGGCUGUAUAGCAUGGUAUCCAGCAAUACUAAAUAUAUAUACAAUACCUGGGCUGUAUAGCAUGGUAUCCAGCAAUACUAAAUAUAUAUACAAUACCUGGGCUGUAUAGCAUGGUAUCCAGCAAUACUAAAUAUAUAUACACACACACAAUACCUGGGCUGUAUAGCAUGGUAUCCAGCAAUACUAAAUAUAUAUACACACACACAAUACCUGGGCUGUAUAGCAUGGUAUCCAGCAAUACUAAAUAUAUAUAUAUAUAUAUAUAUAUAUAUAUAUAUAUAUAUAUAUAUAUAUAUAUAUAUAUAUAUAUAUAUAUAUAUAUAUAUAUAUAUAUAUAUAUAUGUAGCUGAGAGGUAGUAUAAUCCACAGUAUCUCCGCUGGGUAACAGGAACAGCAUAAAAUAAUCCAGGUAAAUAAAUACAGCAUACAAUAAUCCCGGUAGCGUUGUAAGAAUACUUCCCUCCCAAGAACUAGACGACACAUAGGCUGGGAGUCAUCUGAGUUUUUAUUCACAAGUCACAGUAUUUAUGCAAGUCCCCAUGUAAGGGGUUUCCCUACUGACAUUGCAGGGGUUAUACAGUAGGGGACUACAUGGGGGACUUAACAACCUGGACAUUUCUCCCAUCAUGCACUGCUGGACGAGAGGGAUACUCCCACUAGAAUAUACAGUUAAGUGGAUUAUCCCUCCGUGCAGCAGAACCAAUAUUUCACAUUAAAAUAUAAAACUUUCACAUUAUUCACUCUAUUUAAACGAAUGGACGUUCGGUAGAUAGCUGGGGUCUGAGCGUACAGUUCGUGAGCAUACCGCUCAGAUCCCAGCAUAACUAACCGAACGCCGCGCGAAACACACAUUAUAUUCAAGUUACAUUCAAAGUACUGAUUGACAUUAGGGGAACAAACUACCGAACGAUCGGGGCUCCCGAACGGCCUGGAAGUCCAGUGGUAUUCGUGGCGUUGAGGAGCCGAUUUUAGUUCUAGGCGCUCGACGACCAAAUACCGCUGGGCUAACAAAGGAUCCAAGAUGGCCGACCGCCGCGUGGUCGGUAGCCGAACGACGGCCACCUAGGAAAGCACUUAACUACCGAUUGCAACAAUGUUGCAAUCGGUUAAUGGACGCCACACGACCUCUUGUGUGUGGUCGCCCAUUCGGUAGUUUAUUUGUUUCACGAACAGUGUUGAAAUUCACUGUUUGUGAAACUACGAUAUGAAUGCUGGUGGCUUCCAUGCCGCCAGCAUACGAAUGCUCUUGUUCGCCUGAAAUACAGAUACCUGAAUACACUUGGUUCUAACAAACUUAAAGCUAUAGAAACACAUGUAUACAAAUACAGUCUUAAGUGGCUAGUUUUGCCACAUAUAUAUCUAUAUAUACAAUAUCUGGGCUGUAUAGCAUGGUAUCCAGCAAUACAAAAAAAAAUAUAUAUAUAUAUAUUUAUUACACACACAAUACAUGGGCUGUAUAGCAUGGUAUCCAGCAAUACUAGAUAUACAAUACCUGGGCUGUAUAGCAUGGUAAAAGUAAAAAGUUUCCGUUCGUGUAUUUGAACUGUAUGGUUCGGGAACCGAACAGCCGCAUGAAACGGAGACCACCCGUGAGCUUUUUAAGCAUAAUUGCAACUUUGUAACAAAUUCCACCACAGUGUUCUAAGUGUUCGUCUGGGUGGCCGCAUUUCCUAUGGACAUGGGACCAUGCAUGCGUGCGGUUGGUCAAAUUAUGACUUCCUGGAAAUUCCUGAACCGAUCUGGGUGAUUUUUGGAUAUGUUUGUCACCCAGAUCGGGGCUAUCAGGGGAUGUAACGGGGGGGUUUUGUAAAAAUGUAUGUUUUCUGUGCCUGGAGAUAAUUGUGUUUUUAAUAUAGUGCUGACACAAUUAUCUCCCAGGCACUGGGGAGGGAUUGACCUAUUUUCUAUGGGAGUGUCCUGAACCUCAGAAACAAUGUAAACGUGUGUUUGUUUUUUUACUGUAGUCUACACUCAGGUCCCUUUAUGCUGGGACUGUGGUAAUUCUAGAGGUGCAUGGACAGGCAGGUGGGCAGAAUUUAUAGCUUGGUGUAACUGGGCAUGUAUGAUAUCAGGCAAACAAGCUGAGAAUUCCCUGUUCUCUGGGUCAAUAUAUACCACUUUGGUGUAACAUGAAAACAGUUUAUUUAUUUUUUUUGGAUCUAAUAUGGCAGAAGAAACCAUGUAAUUCCAUUAGGGUAAGACUGGGUAUAUGGGACAGUGUGUUUCACUUAGCUGUAAGAGACCUAACUGGGCAAUUUGUAUUGGAUGAGUGACGUUUUGCAGACAGUGCUUUGCUUUAUAAUUUUAUAUUUAAAACAAGAAGGUUAAAGUACUUAAGGUUGUGGAUAGCAUGGAAAUAUGAUGGCAUUUUACACAGUUGGAAACGCAGAUAAUGCUUGAAGCAGUUUGCCGAAAUAAGGGAAUAAACACUGUUUUAUAGACCUCUGAAAGUAAAGCCACAGUCUGUACCUGAACAGCACAAAUAUUUCAUUUAUAACUGGAGAAGCAAAUGGAUUUUUUUUUCACUGCUGCUAUGCGGGUUCUGUAUAAAUAAAAAUGUAAAUGCAAAGGUCUAAAUUUGACUCAAACACCAGGAACACAUCAUUAUUACCAUAUCUAUUGCUCCUCUUGUAGAAUUUUGGUAUUGCAUUAUUCUUUGAGAAGCACAUAGUGUAUUAUUGUCUCUGGUUUCCAGCUGUAAAAUACUUUUUUGUAUUUUUGUAGUCAAGCUUGGUGUGUUUUGCAUUAACACUCCUAAAAUGCUGUAUAAUAGAUUAUACCAUGCAAUAAUGUGAUAAUUAUAGAGAGGAAAAGAACUGGCGCUGGACCUGUUAAUGUGUGGAUCGGAACAAGUAUGUUUACUUUUUAUAAUUUUAUCUAGAACUUUAUGGAUGUAUGGCGUUUAACUUUUUAAUUGUGUUUAUUCACUAAAAUUGGAAUUGUGGAGAAGUGAUUAAGGAACUUGAAGUUUUAGGCCCAAAGAAAUCAGCUGGGAAAGAAACAUGAUAAUAAAAGGAAAUGAGAGAAAUGGGGAGUGAAAGAAGAAGUGUUAAAGCGAAACUAUCUCCAGGCUUGUGAUAUCUAUUCAUAGACUAUAUUUUGGUUCUCCAGCGCAAAUUACAUUACUUAAAUGCACAAUUGUCUUCAAUGAUACAUCUAAGAUGGAAUCGUUCCUUUAAUUUGGCUCCUAGUAAAAUGUAUCUGAUGGGCUUGGCAAUCUGGACCGUGUUGGCUCUUUAAAAAAGAAAAAAAACAACAACUUUGAAUGGUACAGUUCCUUGGCUUUUGUUCUUACAUUUUAUUUUUGCUUUCUAGUCUCCUUUAGGUCUAUAUCUUUCCUUAAAAUACAUGUAUCCUCUCUCAAAAUUGGUUUUUUUUUGCUUGUAUGAUUUACUUUAUCUCUUGCCUAUGUGACUGUCCACAGCAACCACACUAACCUUGAUUGCUGAGUCAGGAAAGAAAGACUUGUGUCAGUGAGCUGCUGUUUUCAAUCAUGGAUUUCCCAGGAACAUCCAGGAGGAUCCCCGCGUGGAAAAGAUGGGUUUCUCAAUAUACACACCAUCAUCUUGCUGUCUUUCUUCUGACCUUCUUCAGGUAGGGAUUACAAUGUGUGCUCCCUGCACUGUAUCUGUUUUACACUACAGUACACACUUUUGCACUUGCAUCUUGAGCUUUAUACUGUACAUGGAUAAAUAUUCAUACAUGCGUUCAUGCAAACAUAGACAUUCACAUUCUUCAGACACUUAGAUACACCCACUCAUGCAUACAGCUGUGUAUAUUCACACACUGGAAGGAUGUAGGAUUAUAUCACUACCUCCAUGCUGUGGACAUGCAUAUGUUCCACUGAAAAGCAUGGGGAGCUUUGAAGCUGUUUCUGUUGCCUGAGCAUGCAGAGACAGCUUUCUGUCUUCUAGACCAUGGGGCUUUGCAUCAGAGAUAUUUCAUUUCCCUGAUCAAUUGGGACACAUUUUUCUGCAGCAGUUCCAAUUUUUGUGCUACCACACUGAUAUAAAAGCAGUGAUCUGUGAAACCCUGGUUUAGGACCAGCAUUUGUUUAGGGAUUUCACUGUGCCCUGAAUGCUGUCUGUAGCAGAGUAGUAGUAUUAUCCACGGUAUCUCCGCUAGUAGACAGAAUAAAACAGGUACAAAGCAGGCAAAAUCCAGGUAGCGUAGUUACAAUCCCUUUCUCCCAAUAACUAGACGACACAUAGCUUGGAGGUCAGCUGAGUUUUUUGUAAUUACGGGCACAGUAUUUAUGUGGUUACAAUUGUAUGGGGUUUCCCGAGUCACAAUGCAGGGUUUGUCCAGUAGGGGACUACAUGGGGGACUGAGUUUUUGACAGAGUACCCAGCAUACAUUGCUGUACCAAGGAGAUAAUAUACCCAGAAUGCAUUGCUAAUGGGAUUAUCCCUUGGUACAGAGAAAUACAGUUUUCAUAUUAAAAUCCAUAACCAACAUAAUAUUUGUGCUAGACAGCUAUUUAACCAUUUAUUACAUAGUUGGGACCUGGGCGCACAGUUAAGGGAACUUGCGCUCAGAUCCCAGCACAAAUAACUGAACGCGGUUCAGUUUCCUUUAUCAGGACCACUUUGUUUAACCGAUUGCCUGAACUGAGGGAAUGAAAGUCCCGAAACGGCAAACUCCCGAACGGCUCGGAAGUCCAGCGGGGCUUGUGUUGCCGAGUAGCCGAUUUUAGUUCCAGGCACUCGACGACAAAACGCUGGUUUUCCGCGAACAAAGAUGGCCGCCACCUCGUGUUCGGUACACGAAUGGCGUCCACCCGCAACAGACCUUAAUCAGCACAGAUACGAUGUUGCAAAGUACCUAAUUGGAGACACGCAACCUGCUAUGGGUGGUCUCCCAUUCGGUACUUUGCUUAUUCUACGAACAGUGUGGUGAUUCACUGUUCGUGGAUAACCAGACUUAACAUUAGCGGUAUUCGUGUGUUGUAACACACGAAUGCCGCAUACAUUGCACAAUACAGAUAACAGUGGCAGAAAUAUACAGUUUGCUUAAAUAUACUGUUUAAGUCUAUAAGUGGCUAGAUUUGCCACACUGUCUUUUGUGAUAGUUUCCUGUAAAGCCACCAAUCUUGAUAAGCUCCCAAUCUCAUAAUUUUAUUUUUCUUCACUUGGAUCUGUGUUUAGGAAUUGUCUACUUGAACAAGAACACUUUGAUAAAGCAGAAUUAGCAAAAUACUGUUUUCAAUUGUUGUGCCAUUUGUUACAUUUAACCUCUAUGUUCAUAUGCUUUUUAUUAUUUAGUUAUGCACUCCUUCAUGCAUCUAGAAAAUCCUUCAGUAAUGUGAAAGUCAGCAUAUCCAGCCAAUGGACUCCAUCAAACUUUAAUAGCUCGGAGGGUCUGUUCCCAAACGAGGUGAGUUCUUUACUAGAAUUAAGUGACAUAAUUUAUACUUUUGCUUCAAUGGUAGAGGAUAUUGAUGCACACAGCCUAUCUGGCGUAAAAGUAGCCUUUAGCCUUGUACACAAAGCUUGUAGCAGUAAAGAAAGUAGUUUAUUUACUACUCCACACCGCUUUUCAGUGACUGCUGAUCUGGCUGCAAGUAUGUUCACGAAGUAUCACACACAUACUGUUGUGCUCUUUUGUUGUUGCUGCUGUUAUCGUAGUACAGUGACAAGACAUGCAUGUUUUGUGAAAUUGGUACAGGUGAUAACUACCACAUAAAAAAAAAAAAAGGCAAGGAAUAAUAUCAGCAGCCCAGAAAGCCAGCAUGCUUCAGUCUGAAACAUUAAUGAUAAUGCAGUACAUAAGAUGGCAUUGCUUUCAUAUGUAUAUUCCCCAGAAUAAGUGCACAAUUCUAAUAUUAUAUUUACUUUUCUCUACCAAAGAUAAUAUGGCUCUUUAAAGGGUUACUCAAAGUAUCUUGACCACUUCAGUGAUUUGAAGUGGCCGUGGUGCUCAGAAUGUUAAUGUCCAGAGUUUCAGUAUCAGUAUGUACAGAGACAUGCGAUGACACUGCUGGAUGUGUAAUUUCACCACUGUCUGCAUCAUUAGUUUGCUCUCCCUACAGUGAGGGAGAAUACAUGCUUUUCUUUCUUUUUUUAAAGGGAUGCCAGCAAUGAUUACUUAAACUUUUAUAAACACUAUUUUAGUUUGGAUUAACCCUUUAAAGGAAAGUUUUUGUGGAAGAAAGUAGUACUUUUGAUGGGAUUGUUCUAACUUGAGCAUCAUAUAAGUAAUGUAUUAAAACAAUAAGAAAAGAAGUGACACUAUUUUGAAGUUUCACAUUUAUUUAUAUUUUAAAUAGGGUCAGAUGUUAACUUAAUAUUCAUUAUAAAUGGUCAGUUGUAUUAAAACUGUGGCCAAGUUUUUUUGUUCAUGAAACUAAGACACUAAUAUUUGAGUGGAUGCAAGUGAGCCACAGUGCAAACAUAUUCAUAUUGUUUGGUUUAGUGGGAUGUGGGCUGUAAAGGAUUUCCCUGCAUUCACCUGUGUUCAUUCGGUUGUGUCCUCUCCCUGCUCUUUAACUACAUUUGAACGUUUCGUUUUAAUUAUGUGUUCAGGAAAUGUAUUCGUUCUACCGAACGGAGACCACCCUGGGUAGCAAUCAUAAUUUGGAACACCGAGUAACCACACGAAAAAC